AGCAUAGGGACUAGUUAGUUGAAUCAACUCGCUAGAGGCCUUUCACACCCAGCCUUAUCGGAACGUGAACUCACACGACUUCGCGUUCGAGCCUAUCGUGCCCGCCAACACUUAUCGAGAAUACCGCAGACUGCCCAGCCCCAGGAUGAUGGCCCUUUGUCAAACUGGAUUGAUUCGGAAAACCAAUGUUCCGCCCAGGGUAUUUCAUGCCCUCCACAGAACGAUACAACUUCGCCUGUCCCUUUUGAUCAAGGUGACGACGCACAACAGGCAGCAAGUGAUUGGAGACAAACUCAUUCCAGCUCUCCGGCCUCUCCGAUGACUUCAGACUUUGGCUUCGCUCCGCUAGGUACCAGUGGUCACUUCCCCAUAGCGGAUGAUCCCCAUUCGGUUUCACCCGACCGCUCGUCAAGGGAGAGCCCAACCUCGCCAAUCGGUCUUGCCGACCGGGUGCACGUAGAUCUUCCAUACCUCAAUCGCUUUAUCGAAGCUCUUCGAGCUCAGGAGACACGGUGCGGCCUUGACUUCCUUGAGUCACAAACCACGACAUAUGACCGUAUUUUUCAAACAUUCUUUGCUGUCGAGUGUCACUGUUCAAGUUCGCAUGAGAUUCAUGAUCAUGCACGGGCUCACACCCUUCAAGGAAGGGCGCGGUUCCUCCAAAGUUCAUUACCACCGCUCACGACUAUCUUUGACGAGCGUUUUGCCCAUGAAGCCACCAAAUAUCUUCACCAAUGGAAGGAAUUCCUUUCCGAUGAACCUGCUGAGCCUCUAUCUUUCCAUAAAACCGAAGCUACUCUGCAGCAUGGUCCAGUCCGCGUCGAACGGCGGUGGGACGUCGAUAGUAUUUGGUUUGGGCCCAAGAGCCUGCAGGCUGUCCGCCAACCCGGCAUUUUUCGCUUGUCUUUUAUGCCUCCAUUCAAACGCAAUCUGUCCACUGACCAGGUUAUCCGGCCUCACGGCAUUGAUCUCGCCACUACUCGACAUAUUCUAUUCAGUGUGUCCAUCAACCAAGUAAAGCAAAAAUUAGACCCUUUGCUUUGCUUGGUUGAUGGCACCCCUCUGCUUGACUUGGUUUACUUGAUGGGAGGUCCUUGCUUUACUUGGUUGGUUGACAUUGCUCGACUGACUAGUGUCUAGUUUUAUAUAUAUAUCCCCCCCCCUUCCCCCCCUUUU